AUGAAGAUUCUAUAUCUCUGUGUGUUAGCAGCAUGUUCGUGGACGUCCGAGUCACUCAUACGUAUACCCCUCACAAAGUGUAACUCCUUGAGACAAUCUAUGUCUGACUCAGAGGGGGAUUUCAGUCGUCUAUUCCAUGAUUCCUACUCCGACAACUUUGACGACGAUGACGCCAGUGGGUCCAGCAAAGUGGCUCUGAGGAACUAUGUUGAUGCUCAGUUCUAUGGAGAGAUUAGUUUAGGAACCCCACCUCAAAUGUUCAGGAUGACCUUUGACACUGGAUCCAACAAUCUCUGGGUGCCCUCUUCCAAGUGCUCCGUCGCUGACAUCACAUGCUUGAUUCACCGGAAAUACAAUGAUACCAAGUCCAGCACAUAUGUCAAGGGUGGAAGAAAGUUUUCAAUUCAUUAUGGACUGGGAAGUGUAACUGGGUACCUCAGCCAGGAUACGUGCACAAUUGGAAGUGUAUCCGUAAAAGAUCAGGUGUUUGGUGAGGCCGUCAAGAUAUAUGGAGCGAACUUCUUUGGUGCUAAGUUCGAUGGAGUUCUGGGAAUGUCUUACCCAACAGAUGAUGCCAUGAGCCCUGUCUUUGACAACAUAAUGAAAGAGAAGCUGUUGGCAGAGAAUGUUUUCUCCUUCUACCUCAACCACAGGAUCUCCUCCAACCAGCCAGGGGGACAGCUACUGCUGGGAGGGACUGACCCUGCAUACUACACUGGGGACUUCCACUAUGCCAACGUCACCACAAAGGACCUCUGGAACAUCCACAUGGACGGUUUGAGCAUUGGAGAGGAUGUCAAGCUGUGUAAAGGUGGCUGUGAGGCCAUGGUGGACACUGGCACCUCCCUGAUCCUAGGUCCCUAUGAUGAGAUCAGUGCUCUGCAGAAGGCUGUAGGAGCUGUGCCCUGGAACCGUGGAAAGUACACGGUUGACUGUGAGAAAGUGUCCUCCCUCCCCAGUGUCUCCUUCACUGUCAGUGGAAAGGUCUACCCUCUGAACGGAGAACAGUAUAUUCUCAGGUGGACUACGAAGGGAAGGAAAGUCUGCCUUUUAGGAUUUUUCCCCUCGGGCUUCCCUGGCUGGACCCUGGGAGAUAUCUUCAUUGGAGUUUACUACACAGUCUUUGACCGGGACAACGAUAGGGUGGGAUUUGCCAAAGCAAUAUAAGAGGAAGGGAAAGUGGAUACCUCUUCAGUUGCACAACUGAAUACAUUCAACCGAAAUGUGUCUUCUGCAUCCGCAUUUAAUCCAGACCUUCUAGAUAGUGAAAUAAUGUUGAAAAGAGUGUAACGCUAAAACACCUGAUGGUAAAAUAUACAGUAUAUACAAAUGGGAUGAGUAAUGCAAGAUAUGUAAACAUCAUUAAAGUGGCAUCAUUAAUGUGACAAGUGACACAUGAUUUCAAGUCUGUAUGUUGGCAGCAGCCUCUCUGUGUUAGUGAUGGCUGUUUAACAGUCUCUCGUGCUUUCAUAGAUUUAAAAUGAUUAUUUUAGAAUAACAAACUUGGUAAAAAAUUAUAUUUGUCCUUGAAAAGGAGGAUAAGCAGACAAGUAUCAUAACUCAUUUUCACAGCAUUCAGUCUUGUUUGUUUUAUGAGUAAGUGGGUGCAUUUUCCUGUCAUUUCCCUGGUUAAUCAUUACCUCUAUUUUAUAUUUUUGUGUGUAAAGAGAUGAAUGAAUCAAAUAAAGACUUUAACUCCCAGUUAUUUGGCAUUUGUGUGUAUGUCGUGUUAUUUCAGAGUAAUUGUAGCAGAUUGGGUGUAGUUGUGAAGUUGCACCAACAUUUGUGUGUAUAUCGUGUUAUUUCAGAGUAAUUGUAGCAGAUUGGGUGUAGUUGUGAAGUUGUACCAACAUUUGUGUGUAUAUCGUGUUAUUUCAGAGUAAUUGCAGCAGAUUGGGUGUAGUUGUGUAGUUGUACCAACAUGUGUGUGUAUAUCGUGUUAUUUCAGAGUAAUUGCAGCAGAUUGGGUGUAGUUGUGAAGUUGCACCAACAGCGAUGUUAAUCACAAUUUGUUAUGGCCUUGCUGUUGCUAUGUGGAAAUGAAUGUGCUUUCCUUUGACUUUUGAAUCACUUCAGUGCAUCCCCAUCUAUAUGGACUCAGCAUGCUUU